AUGGCUCCUCCUUGCAGCUCCUUCUCAAGCGCUGUGACGCCGGCGGUCCGAACCUGUCGUUUCCCCAAGGGCCUUCCUUGGCUUAAGGGUGAGAUGAGGAAAAGAGUUGCCGAGGGGAAUGAGCUCGCGGCGUGGUGCCUCAAGUUGCUGGAGCUUUGUGAGCGCUCUAAGGUUGGCUGGUGGCUGGAACAGCCGGAUACGUCUUGGAUGUGGCGGCUGCCUGGCUUCAAGCGGUUUCGGCCUCCUUCGUCUACGUCGACGUGGCGGGUGGACUUCUGCUACUUUGGGACCCCUUGGCGCAAGCGGACUAAGAUUGCCUGCUCGAACGAGCUGUCGGGCCGGCGACUCUUUUGCCGAUGCCUGGUGCCGCAUGUACUUCUACGCGGUCGCUGCCCCUACUCUGGCGUGGCAAGGACAGCCGUGGCUCAGCCUUACCCCAAGGCGUUCGCUGCAGCCUUGGCUCGUGGAAUCGCUCGGGAAGCUGGUUGGUGUGACUCGCGGCGCAGUUUGGACAUUGCUGGCUGCGCAAGGUGCUCGCAGUUUCGCAUUGGGGAGGCCUCCCAUCCCGGCCCUCGUCGAGCUCGUCGUCCUCGAGAAGGAGACCUGGAGUUCAAGCCGGUGCAGAGUGCCGCAACGCUGUACUACGAGGCCAAGCUUUGGGAGGACUUCGUCCGGUGGUGCUCCUCCCGUCUCUCCGACUGUCUGCUCGUCUUCUCUCUCUGUCCAGUCUUAGCUGCCAUGGCCCUCCGCGCUUACGGAAACUUCUGCUACGGUGCGGGAAAAACUCUUUCGGGAUUCAGGCGCACGAUCAUCGCUGCCCAGCGCCGGCUGUUGGGCUGCAAGCCUUUUCUGCAGCUGGCCUGGGAGAUGGUUUCUCGGUGGGAAGCUUUGGAACCUCCUGUGCACCGCUGCCCUGUGCCUGAGCCUCUGGUUAAAGCCAUGGUCUUUCUGGCCAACGCUUGGGGCAUGGAGCGAUGGGCUGCCAUAGCCCUUCUCUCCUUCUACGGACUGGCUCGUGUCGGCGAGGUACUCAGGUGCAAGAGAAGUGACUUGCUUUUCCCUGCCGAUUUGCUGGACAAGGACGUGCAGCACACGAAGAUCACAGACUCGAGAGGCGCUGUGCAGCGCUAUCGCGCUGGCAUGUCGCCCACUGAUCUUCAAUGGCUCAUGACUUUCGGACUGCCGCCUUGUGCGGCGACAGCAGUUGCUCGGCAGCUGCUCUUCCCAGUGCACCUGUCCCUGCCUCAGCAAAGGUGGAAGAAGAAGCAGUUUUUCAGCUGCCUCGUCUGCUCUUUAAGGGUCUACGACGGCGGGCGGCAUCUUUUGCUUCCGACACAACCUGUUGUUGCGGGCAGCGCGAAAAGUGAUGCCAUCUCCGGAGGGCAAGCUGAUUACAUGUUCUGCAUGUACUCUGCGAACGACUGA